GUUAACAUCGCCACGGGUGAGGAGGUGGCCAUUAAGCUGGAAUGUGUGAAGACCAAACACCCACAACUCCACAUCGAGAGCAAGUUCUACAAGAUGAUGCAGGGAGGAGGUGAGAGAAUAGUAUGAAAAUGUAUGCACUCACUAACUGUAAGUCGCUCUGGAUAAGAGCGUCUGCUAAAUGACUAAAAUGUAAAUGUAAAUGUAAAUGAGUAGGACAAGAGGGUGUGGUCAGGGGUGGGGGUGGUGGGCGACUAUGUUGGGGAAACCUGAAACCUGAAGAUUUGCGUGGUUUUUCCAAGCUAAUGCCUAGGUUUUAGCUUAGAAGGCUUACUCACCUGGAUUCGAACCCCAGUAAGUGACACUAGCUUAUAAAUCACUCUCUCCCUUCCUUUCCCUACAGUGGGCAUCCCUACCAUAAAGUGGUGUGGAGCAGAGGGAGACUACAACGUGAUGGUGAUGGAGCUGCUAGGUCCCAGUCUGGAGGACCUGUUCAACUUCUGCUCCCGCAAGUUCAGCCUCAAGACUGUCCUGCUGCUGGCUGAUCAGAUGGUACAGCACGCCUCCUCCUCCUCCUCCUCCUCCUCCUCCUCCUCCUCCUCCUCCUCCUCCUCCUCCACAACCUCUGUUCACCUUUUUAUCAUAUCAUAUGGUUUAUAUGUUUCUCUAUAUGCUUUAUUGUGAUGGCAUUUUCAAAGGAUACCCCUUGAUUAUAUAUAACGUUAUUGGCUUUAACCAAGAACUGGAACUGAUAAUGAUAGUCAACCAUUCCCUCUCUCCUUUCGCCCUCUUUCUCCACACCCUUUCUCCUCUCCAGAUCAGCCGUAUUGAGUACAUCCACUCUAAGAACUUCAUCCACAGAGAUGUGAAGCCUGACAACUUCCUGAUGGGCCUGGGCAAGAAGGGCAAUCUGGUGUACAUCAUCGACUUUGGCCUGGCCAAGAAGUACCGCGACGCCCGCACACACCAGCACAUCCCCUACCGCGAGAACAAGAACCUGACUGGCACUGCGCGCUAUGCAUCCAUCAACACACACCUGGGGAUAGGUACAGUACUAAUUGUAAUAUUAACAGUGUAUGUGCACGUAUGUUUGACCCUUCGUCUGCUGUGUGUGUGUAGUGAGAGUCGAUAGAUUUUACGUGAUUGUGUCGGUAUUGACCAGGGGUGGAUUCUCUGAACUACUGCAGUAGGACUCACACAAGUAUUGACCCUUCUCCGUGCUCUCUCUUCCUCCUUCCUCCCUCACUCCCCUCUUCUUUCCUUUCCUUUACUCUAUGCUCCUGUUCUCUCCUCUUUCUCCUCUAAAGGUAUACACAUGUUUUUGUUUUGUUUUAUGUGUCUAAAUAAGAUCAGUAUAGUGUGUCUCCUCUUUCCAUGUCUCCUCUCUUCCUCCACAACCCCCCACUCUUCUCCGCCUAUCUCUCUCUACAGAGCAGUCUCGUCGUGAUGACCUGGAGUCUCUGGGUUAUGUCCUGAUGUACUUCAACCUGGGCUCUCUGCCCUGGCAGGGCCUCAAGGCCGCCACCAAGAGGCAGAAGUAUGAACGCAUCAGCGAGAAGAAGAUGUCCACCCCUAUCGAGGUGCUCUGCAAGGGAUACCCCUGUAAGUAGUUAUAGGGUUUCUUUAUCCUGGGUUUACAACACUAACUAUGAGUUAGCUUUGUUAGAAACUCACUUCAAGUAGUCUUUCAACACCAAGCUAAAUUAAUGUGUAUUUGACCCAAGUCUUUGGUGACCCUUUGGCGACCCUCUGUCACCCACUCUAUCCACAGCUGAGUCUCUCUGUCGCCCACUCUAUCCACAGCUGAGUCUCUCUGUCGCCCACUCUAUCCACAGCUGAGUCUCUCUGUCGCCCACUCUAUCCACAGCUGAGUCUCUCUGUCGCCCACUCUAUCCACAGCUGAGUCUCUCUGUCACCCACUCUAUCCACAGCUGAGUCUCUCUGUCACCCACUCUAUCCACAGCUGAGUCUCUCUGUCACCCACUCUAUCCACAGCUGAGUCUCUCUGUCACCCACUCUAUCCACAGCUGAGUCUCUCUGUCACCCACUCUAUCCACAGCUGAGUCUCUCUGUCACCCACUCUAUCCACAGCUGAGUCUCUCUGUCACCCACUCUAUCCACAGCUGAGUCUCUCUGUCACCCACUAUAUCCACAGCUGAGUCUCUCUGUCGACCCUCUCACAGCUGGUCUCUGUCCCCACUCUAUCCACAGCUGAGUCUCUCUGUCGCCCACUCUAUCCACAGCUGAGUCUCUCUGUCGCCCACUCUAUCCACAGCUGAGUCUCUCUGUCGCCCACUCUAUCCACAGCUGAGUCACUCUGUCGCCCACUCUAUCCACAGCUGAGUCUCUCUGUCACCCACUCUAUCCACAGCUGAGUCUCUCUGUCACCCACUCUAUCCACAGCUGAGUCUCUCUGUCACCCACUCUAUCCACAGCUGAGUCUCUCUGUCACCCACUCUAUCCACAGCUGAGUCUCUCUGUCACCCACUCUAUCCACAGCUGAGUCUCUCUGUCACCCACUAUAUCCACAGCUGAGUCUCUCUGUCACCCACUCUAUCCACAGCUGAGUCUCUCUGUCACCCACUCUAUCCACAGCUGAGUUCUCCACCUACUUGAACUUCUGUCGCUCUCUGCGGUUCGAUGACAAGCCGGACUACUCGUACCUGAGACAGCUGUUCAGAAACCUGUUCCACAGACAGGGCUUCUCCUACGACUACGUCUUUGACUGGAACAUGCUCAAGUUUGUGAGUACUGCAUCCCUAUUAACCAUUAUUAUUACACUAUAAAUAAUGUAUUAACAAUUUAGCUAUUUGUUGUCCUUAUUUAUCAUUACAUUUUCACUCAUUUUAAAUGCAAUUACACAUUAGUGGAUUACAUGUGUAUUAUAAGUGUAUAAUAUAUGACGUUUACAUAGUUGAUUAUAUAAACAUGGUUCCCUAUGAGUUCAUUUUGAAUCCCUGUCACCUUCCUAACCUGCACAUUCAUCUUUCUGCUUCAGGGGGCCAGUAGGACAGCUGAGGAUGGGGAGAGGGAGAGGGAGAGGGAAAGGGAGAGGAGAGAGGGAAAGGAGGGGGAUGAGAGGAUCGGAGGGGGACCUAGGGCACCCCGUGCCCUACCCCUGGGCGGCAACCCCCUUGGUGGUGUAGACAGGAUCAGAAAUGGCCCCAAUGCAGCAGCCUCUAACCCUGCUUCCAGAGGAGUCCCACAGUCAGGUGAGUCAUGAGGCAGACGGUAAUAGAAAAUAAGGUCUGCAUUCUUAGAAUGAAAGUGAAAUAUCAAACAAAAUGUUUAUUCCAUUUGGACUAAAACAAAUCUAAGAGUCCGGACCUUCUCUUUUUCUACUACUGACUAUUUCAGAUCUAUGCACCAACUACUUAGGAGUACUACUAGUGUGCAAGGUUUUUACUUACUUCAUUAGGUCGACAGGAAAUGACAGGAAAUGACUGUAUAAACACGAGGGAGGGUGUGUAAACUAAACCACAUGCUCAAUUCAUGACUCCAGUUUGUAGCCCUCUUGCUCCCUGUUAGUCUCUUAAAUAAUCUAUUGUGUUUGGACUUGGCUGAGGAAACUUUGAGGAAAGUCCAAGGUGUGCAGGCAUUUGUUCUAGCUCAGCACUAAAUUCCAUUUGACCAAUAAUGUGUGUGUGUGUGUGUAGGGAACCGGUCCCCACAGGCUGUGUCCCGUGCGGAGCGAGAGAGAAAGGUGGCCAUGAGGCUCCACCGUGGCGCCCCCGCCAACAUCUCCUCCUCUGACCUCACUGCACAGAUGGGCCAAUCACGCAUCGCCACAUCACAGGUAAUUCACCUACCAUUGUAUCUCUCUCUCUAUUUUGCUCUCUCUCUCUCUCUCUGCUAUCGUGAACCCCACUGCUCCCCACUCUUCCCCUGCUGAAAGGGAUUGAAGUUUGUCUGCCUGUGUAUGAGAAUGUAUAGUAUGUCUGUUGAAUGCACAGCACCUUAUACUAACCCAAUGCUGUCUGUUAACCCCCUCUCCUCUUCACCAGGUCAGUGUGCCAUUUGAACACCUGGGG